AUGACUCUUCAAACGAACAACCCACUUCUCCUUCGUGACUUCUCCGUGAAAGACGCAGCCGCCGCUACCCUCACAUUCCCGAAGCCACAGCCAUCGCCAGCCGUCGAGGGUGCUGCCGGUUACUCCCAAUCACCGCCGCCCUUUCCCCUCUCCCGUGCCCUAGUUUCCUAUUACAGUCGCUCCGACGCAGCCGCCAUCGCAGAUCACGCUGGCACCACUCGACUACCGCCGCCUCCUCGCGCUAGGGCAUCUCCAUCUGUUCACGCCAACGCCGAGUUCCUCUCCCGAUCUUGCCGACGUCGAGCUCCUCUCUUUCGAUCCAGCUGCUGUCCGUGGGUUUAUUUUUCUGUCAUUGUUAAUCUUGAUCCUAUAGUAAGAGAAGCGUUUGAUGUGGCCUAUGACAAUAUUAAUGCAUUUCAUGCUGCUCAAAGGAUUCCUGAGAAGGAGAUUGAGAAUAUGAAAGGGGUGAGGUGCAAAAGAAUAGCACGGUGCAUUGCAUCUGUUGGCCUUUAUGUUCCAGGGGGUACUGCAGUCUUACCCUCAACUGCUUUGAUGCUCUCGGUGCCUGCACAGAUUGCCGGGUGCAAAACCAUUGUUCUAGCAACUCCGCCUGGUCGUGAUGGCAGUAUUUGCAAGGAAGUGUUAUAUUGUGCAAAGAAAGCUGGCGUCACCCACAUUCUAAAAGCUGGGGGAGCUCAGGCGAUCUCAGCGAUGGCUUGGGGAACAUCAUCUUGCCCAAAGGUUGAAAAAAUUUUUGGGCCAGGAAAUCAAUAUGUUACUGCUGCAAAAAUGAUUCUUCAGAAUAGUGAAGCCAUGGUUUCCAUUGAUAUGCCUGCUGGCCCUUCAGAGGUGCUGGUCAUCGCCGAUAGACAUGCCAAUCCAAUUCACAUAGCUGCAGAUCUACUCUCUCAGGCAGAACAUGGUCCUGACAGUCAGGUAGUUCUUGUCAUUGCUGGAGAUGGUGUCAAUGUUGAUGCAAUUUUAGCUGAAGUGAGCAAACAAUGUGAUAGCCUUCCUAGGGGAGAAUUUGCUUCAAAAGCACUUGGUCAUAGCUUUGUUAAGUUGCUGAAGAUUCUAAAACAAAGAGUGAUGUUGAGACCUUUUGCACUAUAUGAUCUUGAGAGCUUUGAGUUCUUGCUUCAAAUAGUAAUCUGGUAUAACUUGUUACGAGCAAUAAAUAUUGUAAGUAAGUUUAUUCAAUCUAAAGAUAUGGAUGUUGAUAUUGCGCUCAAUCUCUUACAAGGACUUGAUCGAUUUCUUGAUGAGUUUAGAGAAGAAGGAUUUGCUAGUUCCAUGAAUGAACCUAUACAAAUGGCAAGUGAAGUGGGGAUUGAACCAAAAUUUUGA